AUGGACGACCCGGAACGGCGCGCGCUGCUGUAUGUGCAGCAGUACCUCCAGGAGCUGGGCUACGCACAGGCCCUGGCCGCCCUGGAGAAGCAGUCUGGGCUGCUGUAUGACGAGGACAAAUACAACCGCGGCAGCGAGCUGCUGCAGCUAGUGUACGACCAGAUGGAGCGGGAGGCGGACGAUGUCGGCCCCGCCGAUGCCGCCGCGCGCGCCCGCGCGGACGAGGAGCGCGCGCUGCUGCGCAGCGGGCGCGGGGACGUGCCGGCGGCGCAGCUGGCGGCGGUCGUGGGGGCGCACGCGGCCAACAUUUUGGCAGUCAGGAUUUGGCCGGGGCGGGACCUGCUGGCAACGGGGUCAGCGCUGCAAGGCAUGUGGUGUUGCGACGGUGUGAUGCGUUUUGAGUAA